AUGGCCUUCACCCUGUCAGAAAUUAUGGCGGCAAGGCGGCAGCAGUCACAGGCUCAGUCACACGCCCAGCGAGGCAACAGGACAACAGUGGAGGUGGACGAAUACAGCACCAACCCCACUCAGGCCUUCACCUUCUACAACAUCAACCAGGGACGCUUCCAGCCACCACAUGUCCACAUGGUGGACCCAAUGCCCCACGACACGCCCAAGCCACCAGGCUACACCCGUUUUGUAUGCAUCUCAGACACUCACUCCCGCACAGACACCAUCCAGAUGCCAUAUGGGGACGUGUUCAUCCAUGCUGGGGAUUUCACCGAGUUGGGACUGCCGUCCGAGGUCAAGAAGUUCAACGACUGGCUAGGUACCCUGCCCUACGACAUCAAGAUUGUGAUUGCUGGAAACCAUGAGUUGACCUUUGACCAAGAGUUUAUGGCUGACCUGAUCAAGCAAGACUUCUACUAUUUCCCGUCAGCCUCCAAGCUGAAGCCAGAAAAUUAUGAGAAUGUCCAGUCACUGCUCACUAACUGCAUCUACCUGCAGGACUCUGAGGUCACCGUGCGGGGCUUCAGGAUCUAUGGCUCCCCCUGGCAGCCCUGGUAUUAUGGUUGGGGUUUCAACCUGCCACGGGGUCAGGCUCUGCUGGACAAGUGGAACCAGAUCCCCAACAACACAGACAUCCUGGUGACACACUGCCCCCCACUGGGUUUCUUGGACUGGGUCCCAAAGAAGAUGCAGCGCGUUGGAUGCAUGGAGCUACUCAACACGGUCCAGAGGAGAGUCCAGCCCAAACUGCAUGUGUUUGGACACAUUCAUGAAGGCUAUGGCAUGAUGACAGAUGGCACUACAACAUUCAUCAAUGCCUCAGCCUGCACCGUCAACUUUCUGCCCAUGAAUCCACCCAUUGUCUUCGACCUCCCCAACCCCAGGACCACAUGA